AUGACGGAUAAAGGCAUGCCUACCGAACAUGCUUUUGACUUAUACGCCAAAUCAGCGAGCAAGAAAAAGUCCCACAAGCACCAGUCUGGGGAGGGCUGCAACAAUCCCCCUGCGAAGAAAUCUCGAACAGACAACCCUCCUGCGUCUACUCCCACAAAGGAGACAACUCCUCAACCAGCUCCUGCCAGAGAUGUAACUCCUCCACCUCCCGGAGUUCUUACCAUGACUUCUAGCUGGCGAUGCUCGAGGACGCUCACCGCUCAAUUUGAAAAGAGACUUAGCAAUUAUCUUAGUGCUGCUGAGGCUCGAUACACCGAGAAACUCAAGGCGUCUGAGGCUACUCAUGCCGAGCAGCUGAAGGUAGUUGAGGCAAAGCAUUAUGAGGCUAUUAAGGAAUCCGAGGCUAAGCACACCGAGGCCCUUAAGGAACCUGAGGCGAAGCACCUCGAGGCGCUGCAAGUGACCGAGGCCAAACUCACUUCUCUUGAAGAAGAGUUGAAAAAGAAGGAGGCGAGUAUUGCCAAGAUCACUGAAUCUAAGGAGCAAUACAAGGAGACUUCGCUCAUAAAUUACCGGGAAGCCCACAAGCUUCAAGCUGAGCUGGAGAUAAGCCGUAAAGAAGUUACUGCACUGGAGGAAGAGAAUACCCGCAAUGUUGAAGACUACAAAUGGGCGGCGUUCGAGUGCUUUUACUUGUUCUAG